AUGGCCUUCUCUGAGUUUCGCCCACUGGACGAGAAGGUCCUCAUAGAAUACAUAAAGGCCACACCUUCUCUCUCUUCUAAGCUCAACAACAAUUUUGACAACUUAACAAUCAAAGAAGUGGGUGAUGGCAACCUCAAUUUCGUCUUCAUCGUCGUUGGCUCCACUGGUUCUUUCGUCAUCAAGCAGGCUCUGCCAUAUAUUCGUUGUAUUGGGGAGUCAUGGCCAAUGACAAAGGAAAGAGCAUAUUUUGAGGCAUUGGCACUGAGAGAGCAUGGUGGUUUAAGUCCUGAUCAUGUCCCUGAAGUUUAUCAUUUUGAUCGGACCAUGUCUUUGAUUGGCAUGCGCUAUUUGGAGCCUCCACAUAUCAUACUGAGGAAAGGAUUGAUUGCUGGAAUUGAGUACCCCUUGCUGGCGGACCACAUGUCGGACUAUAUUGCAAGGACUCUGUUCUUCACAUCCCUCCUUUAUCGUAAUACCACGGACCACAAACGAGCUGUUGCUGAAUUUUGUGGCAAUGUGGAGUUAUGCAGGCUUACUGAGCAGGUUGUUUUUUCUGAUCCAUACAAAAUAUCUCAAUAUAACCACUGGACUUCUCCUUAUCUUGAUUCUGAUGCUGAGGCUAUACGGGAGGAUAAUGCUUUGAAGCUUGAAGUUGCUGAGUUGAAAUCUUUGUUCUGUGAGAGAGCCCAAGCCCUAAUACAUGGAGAUCUUCACACUGGUUCUGUAAUGGUGACUCAUGAUUCAACUCAAGUUAUAGAUCCAGAAUUUGCAUUUUAUGGACCAAUGGGUUUUGAUAUUGGCGCUUUUCUGGGUAACUUGAUUUUGGCUUUCUUUGCACAAGAUGGGCAUGCUGAUGAGCAGAAUGAUCGAAAAGCAUACAAGGAUUGGAUUUUGAGGACAAUUGAAAACACUUGGAACCUUUUCGACAGAAAAUUCGUUGCACUAUGGGAUACAAACAAGGAUUCUGGUGACGCAUAUCUUCCUGCGAUUUAUAACAACCCUGGGCUUCUACAGCUUGUACAAAAGAAAUUUAUUAAAGAUCUGCUUCAUGACUCCCUUGGUUUUGGUGCUGCGAAAAUGAUAAGGAGAAUCGUUGGUGUUGCACAUGUUGAAGAUUUUGAAUCAAUCGCCGAUGCUAGCAAACGGGCAGGUUGUGAGCGUCGGGCUCUUGAGAUAGCAAAGUUGCUUCUUAAGGAGAGGAGAAAGUUUCAGGGCAUUGCUGAAGUUAUUUUAGCCAUUCAACAAGUCCAGUAA